CGUACGGUGGUCGGUGUAUUCUGUGCCGCGUAUGUUUACGCUCGUUCCACCUAAGACAGACCCGGCAAAAUGGACGAUAUAGCACUGCGGGCGUCUGAUCACGUUUUAGAGGUGAUAUUCUCGUAUCUCGACCUGCACACGCUGAGAAACUGCUCGCUGGUUUGCAAACGGUGGUACUGCUUUCUCAACGACGAGAACAACGACGUGUGGCGGAUGCACUGCAUAAGAAAGCUGGCCCAGGAGGCCCUCAGCUCCGACUUGUUGUCCUCGGUGCCCACAUACAAGUCGAAGCUGCGCGCGUUUUACCACGCGUGGAAUCCCAACGAUUGCUCGCGGAACAUUUAUAUUAAACCCAACGGAUUCACCCUGCACAGAAAUCCUGUGGCGCAAAGUACGGACGCGUGUAGGGGCAAGAUAGGCUUUCGACACGGGCGUCACGCCUGGGAAGUUAUCUGGGAAGGACCAUUGGGAACGGUAGCGGUAAUAGGAAUAGCCACUAAGGAAGCACCGCUGUUGUGUCACGGAUACGUAGCGUUGCUCGGCUCGGAUGAACAUUCCUGGGGUUGGAACCUUGUCGACAACCAUUUGCUACAUAAUGGAGAUCCACAAGGGAAUUAUCCUUUGCUCAACAACGCUCCGAAAUAUCAGGUUGGGGAAAGGAUUAGAGUAAUUUUGGAUUGUGAUGAUAAUACGUUGUCUUUCGAGAAGAAUUACGAAUUUCUGGGUGUAGCUUUUAGAGGGUUACCAGAUAAGAGAUUAUAUCCAUCGGUAUCUGCGGUUUAUGGGAAUACAGAAGUGUCCAUGGUAUACUUAGGACCACCAUUGGAUGGCUAACACAUUACAUUUAAAAAAGAAACAUAUCCUCAAAAAGCUCAUUUGAGGCUGUACAAUGUAUUCUUAAUGCCAAGUUCUCUGCACUAUACCGACAUUGUCUACGUUUAAGUAGAGAAAGCACACGACGACAAACUGUACAAUAUUUACAGAGAAUGUGUGCCUGUAGAUUACUUGGUCGAUAUUGUAAAUAAUAGACGUUUUAUUUUACUUAAACUGCGAAAUUUAUCAUGCAUACAUUUAGUUUGAACAAUUAAAUCAAUUGAUGGAUGUAAUUAUACGUAUUAUACAUGGAAGCUUUAAGUGAUAUUAGUUCUCAAAUAAUUACGUAAUAUGAUAUAAUUAUAUAUAUGAAAAUAUUUUAAUGAUUUUUAUUGAAGUAUUUUUUGCUAAAUGAUGCUAUCAUAUGAAAUUAUGCUAUAUUCAAAUAAAAUUGGAAAUUAUUAAAAUCUACACUUAUAUAUAUAUAUAAAUUUGUACUUAAUGCUUCCAUAUAGUACUAUUUUUACUUCUAUUAUUUAAUUAUGUGCAAAGACGAAAUCGCAAUAUUUUAUACUAAUUUAUAA